GCACAAAACUGGGUUAUUAUUAUUACCAGUGAUAACAAUGAGAAAACAUGAGAUUUUUACAGUUUAUGUUGUUCUUGCUGUUGUCGUUGUUGUUUGUUUUAAUGCCGGAACGGUGUACGCGAAGUACGAUACCGGAGCCAGGAUUGUUCCGGGGAAACUAAACGUUCAUUUGGUACCGCAUUCGCAUGACGAUGUUGGCUGGUUAAAGACUGUUGAUCAGUAUUAUGUUGGAUCAAACAACAGCAUUCAGGGUGCUUGUGUACAGAAUGUGCUCGAUUCGGUCGUCGAUGCAUUGCUUCGUGAUCCGAAUAGGAAAUUCGUGUUUGCCGAGAUGGCAUUUUUCCAACGAUGGUGGACGGAACAAAGUUCAGAAAUACAAGAACAAGUGAAAGAACUUGUGGAUGCCGGUCGAUUGGAAUUCGUUAAUGGUGGUUGGUGUAUGCAUGAUGAAGCUGCAACACAUUAUAUAGACAUGAUCGAUCAAACGACUUUAGGCCAUCGUGCGAUAAAGGAGCAAUUCAACAAUGUUCCUCGUGCUGGAUGGCAAAUCGAUCCUUUUGGUCAUUCUGCUGUGCAAAGUUACCUACUCGGUGCUGAGGUUGGCUUUGAUUCAAUGCAUUUUGCAAGGAUUGAUUAUCAAGAUAGAGCUCAACGGAAGAACAAGAAGUCUCUCGAGGUUAUAUGGCAAGGGUCCAAUACAUUCGGUUCUUCAUCUCAGAUUUUCGCGAAUGCUUUUCCCAUUCAUUAUAGUCCUCCGACCGGUUUCCAUUUUGAAGUGGAUGAUGAUUCCGCGCCUGUCCAGGACAAUCCUCUUCUAUUCGAUUACAAUGUUGAACAGCGGGUUAACGACUUCAUUAAUGCUGCAAUGAUCCAAGCCAACGUGACGAGGACGAACCAUAUUAUGUGGACAAUGGGAGAUGAUUUCCAAUAUCAAUAUGCUGAAACAUGGUUCAGACAGAUGGACAAAUUUAUUCACUAUGUUAACAAGGAUGGCAGAGUGAACGCAUUGUAUUCUACACCAUCCAUAUAUACCGAUGCAAAAAAUGCCGCAAACGAAACGUGGCCACUUAAAACUGAUGACUAUUUCCCUUAUGCAGACAGUCAAAAUGCUUAUUGGACCGGAUAUUUUACAAGUCGGCCGGCCUUUAAACGAUUCGUUCGGAAGCUUAGUGGAUAUUAUUUGGCAGCGAGACAACUCGAAUUCUCGGUAGGAAGGAGAUCCAAUGGUUCCAAUACUUUUAGUUUGGGAGAUGCUUUAGGUAUUGCACAACACCAUGAUGCCAUCACCGGUACUGCUAAACAACACACAACUAAUGACUACUCGAAACGCCUUGCAAUAGGAGUAACUGAGGCCGAAACUGUUGUAUCUUCUGCUCUCUCGUGCUUAACUAAGAACAAUUCCGGAGAUAAAUGUGAAGAAUCGGGAAAUAUAUUUAGCCAAUGCCAAUUGGUCAACAUCAGUUACUGUCCACCAACAGAACAGGACAUUCCACAAGGGAAAAGCUUGGUGGUGGUGGUAUAUAAUUCUCUUGCAUGGAACCGUACCGAUAUCGUUAGAAUACCGGUUAACGACACGAAUCUUGUUGUCCAAGAUUCCUCUGGUAAUAACAUUGAUACACAAUUUAUAGCUUUGGAUAAUGUUACAAUAAAUGUAAGGGAGUUCUACACAAAGGCUUACUUGGGACUGCCGUCGGAUUCGGUUCCGAAGUACUGGCUUCUUUUUCAAGUAUCUAUACCUGCACUCGGCUGGAAUACUUACUUCAUUUCUAAAGGAACCAAAAAAGGACGAGGCACGGUUGAAAUGGUCUCGGCAAUGCCACAAGAAGGGACAAUUGAAAUUGGACAGGGAAAUCUCAAGAUGUCUUUUUCUACAAGUUCCGGCCAACUCCAACGGAUGUAUAAUUCUCGAACUGGAGUAGAUGUACCACUACAGCAGAGUUACCUAUGGUAUGGUUCGAGUUCGGGUGGUUCUGAUUUUCAGGCUUCCGGUGCAUACAUAUUCCGGCCUGACGGAGAAUCUCCAACUGUUGUUUCACGAUCGGUGCCAUUGAAUGUCACUCGUGGACCUCUAGUCGACGAGGUUUACCAACAAUUUAAUGAAUGGAUCUACCAGGUCACCAGACUUUACAAAGACAAAGAGCAUGCUGAAAUCGAAUUCACCAUUGGUCCGAUCCCCUUAGAUGAUGGUGUCGGAAAAGAGAUUAUUACUCAGCUGACAGCAAAUAUGGUUACGAACAAAGAGUUUUAUACUGAUUCGAAUGGCAGAGACUUUCUAAAAAGGGUUCGAGAUUUCAGAGAAGACUGGAACUUAACGGUUACUCAACCUGUAGCAGGGAACUAUUAUCCGAUUAACCUCGGAAUUUACACUGUGGAUAAGAAAUCGGAACUAUCCGUGUUGGUUGAUCGUGCCACAGGAGGAUCGAGUAUUAAAGACGGGGAAAUAGAACUAAUGCUUCACAGGCGGAUGCUCUACGACGAUUCCCGAGGGGUAGGCGAAGCCCUUGACGAAAGCGUAUGUGUAGGCAACACAUGCGAGGGACUUACGAUUCGAGGGAAUUAUUACGUUAGUAUCGACCGGAAAGGGGAAGGCGCACGUUGGCGUCGUACGACUGGUCAAGAAGUUUACUCGCCGGUCCUUUUAGCCUUCACAUAUGAGAACAUGGAGACCUGGAAAUCAUCCCAUUUGACAAAAGCAACUGCCAUGGAUCCAGGCUAUACUUUGCCACUCAAUGUUGCUUUAAUAACUCUUCAGGAAUUGAGUGAUGGAACUGCACUCCUUCGUUUAGCACAUUUGUACGAAGAGGGUGAAGAUUCUACAUAUUCACAUCUAGCAAAAGUUGAGCUAAAGAAGAUGUUCAAUGGAAGAACGAUAAAGGAAGUACAAGAAAUGAGCUUAACAACAAAUCAAGUGAAAUCAGAGAUGAAGAAAUUAUCAUGGAAAGUAGAAGGUGACAAUGGAAAACAACCUUCUUCUCCUAUUAGAGGAGGCCCUGUUACUACUUCAACUCUCAUUGUGGAGCUUGGUCCUAUGGAAAUCCGUACUUUCUUAUUGAAAUUUUAAUAAGCAUAUAUGCAUAGAUCACUUUCAAAUAAAAGUUUUCAAUAAAUUUACAUUAAUUUCA